UUUUAAACAUGAAGGCUACAUGUUGUUCCAGUUGUGCUGUCACCGUUAAUGUUUACAAAGGUGAUGACGAAACGCGUCCCCCUGAACAAAUAUACCAAAUCCCUUACAAACACUUCUGGCUCAGAACUACUUACAGAAAAGAAUUCCGACAUCAAGUUCUGGAGGUCAAACACUACCAGGUGUCUUAACAUUAAAACGAAGGUUGCACAUACUCCUACUGAGACAGGCCAGCGUACGCACAGACGUUCUGUCAAUUCUCUGGGAACGCACAAUGUUGCUGACGCAUCUAUGAGAGAAAUUCCCAAUGUACCGCAGCUGCUACUCAACAUACGGCUGAAGCCUGCGCAGUGUGAUACAGCGGCAACAACGUGUGUUGUACGCUCUAGGAAUGCAUCCGCAUAUUCAACCGCAAAGAGGUACCCACAAAGGCAACUGAAUUUAUCAUCAACUCAGCUACUAUGCAGAGCAAAGAAGCCUUCUAAUUGUACACGUCAGGUAACUGGAGUUCUGCCUAAACUAUCGAACGGCAAUCCUGUUUCAUGCAGUUCCGCAUCCCUAACGGUUCCCGGCAUUCCCGCCUGGCUGUUGCAGAGCAAUAACGCUUCCGUUUUCUUCAGUGAGGCUGAUGAAUCCAAUGGCACAAUUGCGCGAAAAGAUACAUCUUUGUCUCCUUGUGUAUGUGACGGAAACAAUGUAACGAAUGAGGAGGUGAAUCUCAGUCAUUUGGACCAUCAUGCUGACGGUCUUCCUAAAACCGCAGGCAUAUGCUCCCCGCAUUCAGUUCGCAAGCAGACACAGGGAAAUACCUACAACAACGGAAACUUUCGUGAGGGUGUUACAGCUUUUGAUCAAAAAAUUCUAGCCGCCCAACCGGCUUCAACAGAUUUUCCCUUGAAUGAUCUCUUCUGCAACCAGAAUGCAUCAGAGAAAUCGGCCAGUGAAAAUAGAUCCAAAUUUCAUGCUGACUCACGCAUUCCUACAGAAUACACGUAUACCAAAGAUCAUUCCCACAGCAAUUUAAUCGAUUGGGUUAGUGUGGCUUCCUCGGAUUGGAGUGAUGAGACUUGCGAACUUGACCGACAGCAAUCUACACAAGUACGGAAAAUCUUCGAAGAGAUAGACCAGAUGAUUUUCGAAGACAACUUUCAACAAUGUCCAGUAACUGCAACACGCAUGACCCAGGAGGUUGAAGACGGCACGCAUUUUUCGGCGAAUGACUUUUGGCCCCCAUCCCAAGUUGAUCUGACAUAUUUGGAAGAGGAAUGCAGGGAUUGGCAGCGUCGCUUUCCUCACCUGCGGGUGGUUGGCGUUGGAACGUCGCAAACUCACAGAUCUUCCCAAGGCUCAAGCUCCGACAGUAAUUCGCGAUCCUCCGUCGGCUUACAGGUCGAGCACUCUCUUGAAUUAUCGAAGGAUGACCAUGAUCAGAGGGAACAGACUCCAACUCCAUUGUGUUCUUGCCGCCGAGAGGAAAACAUUCAUUCCGAACUAACGAGGGAAAGGGAGGAGGAUCAACCGCCGUUUACGCCAACACAUCAGUUCACUACGCUUCACCAUGCUGAGGAAGAUAGUGUUCAGGCCGUUAUGGCUUUGUUGAGCGCACGUCUCCACGAAGACGUCACUCAUUGGUUACAUUCGGCAAUCUCCGAGGUAUUGACUUUGGGUUCCGAUCCUCAGUCUUCUCGUUCCAGCGGACUUUGGAGCAUUUCGAGACCCAAAAAUCCAAGUUGUCGAGGUGAUAUCGGCGCGAAAAUGCAAACUCGGAGUCCUGUUUCCGUCUAUCAAGGCAAAACUGUACAGAUUAAGUCAAAGGAGAGUUCACCUACUGGGUUCCUUGGUUCAUCAACAAAGCAGAAUUCUAAGCUUUUGUGUGUACCUCCAACAACAACAGCAUAUAGUCGUCUUUCUCCUACACGUCAGAACACCAAUCACGAAGAGCUUACCAGGCUCUUACAAGUGUCCUCUAAAACUCUACAACAGCGUGGACGAAUGUUUAAGCCCGACAUUUGCGAAAGUGUGGACAAGAGCAGCAGACUUACGAUGCUGAUGACAGCGAACGAACAGCUGACGUCAUGGUCACACGAAGCUCGCUGGUUAGGUGACUCACACCGAUUAACUCCUCCACCUCCAGUUCCAUCAUCGUGCACCGUUUCACGUCGGCCUUCCUCCGAUAUGCACUAUAACCAUUCGUUCAGACACAAUCAAAAGCAUUUUCCAACCCACAAUGAACUCAUGGAAUCAGCACUGGAAAUUACCAUCGCUGGUUACGCCGCACAAUUACACAUGGGUGGACGUUUAGCUCCCCUGGAUAGAGCAUACACACCACCCGCAUUGGGGUCCCCGACAAAUAGAAAUACUCUGAAAAAUUGUGUCCCAAUUUCCAUCACCGAUCAUCAUACUUCCAACAAAAACGUACGCUGGCCACGCAGUAGGCCCACUCAAAACUCCGCAUCGCGUGCAACACACAGAUCAUCAACUCCGCGUGCUCAUCAAAUUUCGACCAGUUUUUGCACCUCCACCGCUGACCAGCCAGUUGUGAGGGGUUGUACUUUGCCUCCGCUUUAUACCAGCGCCUGUCAUCAUCCACCUGCGGAUCCCAACAACACAGCUUCUCCUGUUAGCACUAAAUUGACGCGCAGUUCGAUUGUAACACCAGAUUCUACUGUAAAUGCUACACAAUCCAUCUCGAAACAAGUGCGUCGCCCGCAAAGUCAAAGUAGCCCCACGUCACGCAGCAAUGAUCCACGUAUCGCCACACGGCAGAUCAACAAUAGUGGUGUCAUCUCGGACGGUAGGUAUCGCUUGCGCGGAAUCACAGCACAGACGAAUCCUUCACACGUUCAUUUACUCUCCAAGCCGACAUCAUCCACCCCCAGGCGACGACGAUUUCAACCGCUUGUACCGCUUAAUAAAUAGCCGAGACUUUGCGGGACUUUAUGUUAGGAUCGCUAAUUCAUCUUCCACCCAGAAACCCUCUGGUAUCUUUAAGGAACACGCUGUAAAGGAGUAUGGGCCAGGGCACCCCGCGCAAACUAUGUGGGUAUACGCGGUAAGGAUGUUUACUUCUGAUGAACAACCUUCAGGAAGAAAUACGGUGGAAGGGCAGCUGUGUUUCCAGUUGAAUGCCGCAUGUAUUGGCAUUCCAAGUGAACUUCAUAAACAGAAAACACGGAUAGAUAGUUCCACUAAAAAAUAGGCUCAUACGAUGAAUUUUGCAUAGCUGUUGUCCACUGCAUGGAAACGUCGUCGAGUGAACGCACUGAUCAGUUUGUUAUCAGGCUAACGAUGUGUCGACCUCGACAGCGGUUAGCUCUGUGAAUUGAUGGGGCACGUAUUGCUCGCGAUACGAACAUCAGUCAAGCAAUACACCUUGUGACUUGACUUGACUCAAAUUGGCCAUUUGAAGGACUAGGUAUGCAGACUGUCAGAUUUGCACCGGACGACACACUGGAGGUCUAACAACUCUAUGCAUUGCGCCGGAUUUAUUUUUAUGGCGACUGAGGCUGGAACGGCCGGCCGAACAAAGAACCGGUUCGUGACAGAGUAGUACGAAGGAUAAACUUAACAGACAUCGAAGCCACAAUCACAAAACAAGUAUGCACAAAUAUUGAGUCCGAGCGUCAUGCCGGAAUGGUGUGCUUAAACCGACAAACCACCAUUUUCCCAACGUUUCGCAUGCAAUGAAUUAACUACAAUGAAGUUACUCAUCACUCUGUUCUCCGUCCUAAUCUCAUUCAACUAGAAGAAUUUGCCAGAGUUGUUGCAUUUACUACACUGGGAAGUGCUAAGGUUUUUCCGAGGAAACUGCUUCAAGGAGGCUUGCUGGAUCAAUUCUUUGUUGUUUCUCUGAAGUGCCCUUGUUCUUCGGAGGAAACUGCGGAGUGUGCAUACAAAUGUAUGACCCAUAUAUGCCCAUAUCAGAAUGCUACUUGUCCUCCGUCAAAGGAAUGACAGUGAGUUAGUUGGAGGACAAUGCCGAUAUUUAUCAGUACCUACGUAGGCGUAGACGAUACCUGAUGUCACAGACUUAGUAGCAUCUGAGGUUCUUUUGAACGACGGGUAGCUAAUGGAUUACAAUGAACGCUUGUAUCAUGCAACCUCCAUGUGACGUUGAUUCGUUCCCCUGCAACCACCCUUCAUACAUGCGCCCUGUGGCACAAUGAUACACGACACCUAACACAGUGUGCAGCGAUCCAGUCCUGAGAAAAGCUUUAGGAAUGUUUCUUGAAAAUAGCAACAGCACUUGUGUAACGGACUUUCUGGUGCCUCUGCCAUCCUGCCGACCAUUCAACGACCAUGCUUACUAUUUCUACGUAUAAUUCAGCUUGGAGACGUUAUCAGCCACACUACCUAUCGCUCUCAUUUGUCAAGUGAAACCUAGCUUGUGAUUAACCACCAAUGCUUCGCUUCUACUAACCAACGCAUCGUCUUUGGGAAUUCUGCGUCACACUAUUGGCGAUGGAAAUAUGAAGUACGUGGAAAGUUACACUUCUAAAUUCCCCUUCAACUGCUGAGGAUUUGUUCGGUAAUCACGUUCAGUAAACUUAACAGCACAUCACUUUUGUACCUGCGAUCACUAGCUCUUUGUAACCGAGCUGAUCAAACGUAGUUGUCAAUUAAAGUACAGUUGCCUGUUACCACAUCCUACAUUUCAAACCGAUCUUUCGUAGCUGCCUAAUCUGGACCCCACAUUCUCAUCCAAAAUCCAGCAGAACUACGACGCGUGCUAAAGUUUUCGACUUAUUCACCACUUUCCGUCGCUUAUAUAACGAACUCCAAGCGAAAUUACCCUAUUUCUUAUGGUUUCUGAAUGUAGCUGCACACAAACGCCCCCAUAAAUUGAUCUUAACAACCCGUG